AUGCGGAAAGAUCUGGCAUGUUCAUGGCGGGAUAUAAGGUCACAGAAGGAAAAGUUGGCAUUUAAUCUGCCGGACUUUUCAAGGAAAUGUGAUAUAGGAAAGCAUUUCUCCGAGCUUAUAACCGCUGUCAAACAUGUGUUAAUGACUGUGAAGACAUUAACUGAACAAAUUGUAAAAGAUAUAGCGCCGGCCGUUUUUAAUGUUCUUGGCAGCCACAAAUAUUUACAAAACGAUAUACAGCGAAACCUACAACAGCUGACGGAUAGAAUAAGUGACUUUGUGAAGAAGUCAAAUGAUAAAAAUACAAGGGCUCAAUUUAAAAUUGACGGAAGAAUGGAGAACAUUGAGAACAAAUCAAACGUUUCUGGUGUUCUCAACAUGUAG